AUAACUCUGAUUGUUGUUACUUUGUUCUUGGUCUUCAAUGACAAGGUUAACUCACAAACACAUCGUGUUCCGCAUCUCUGGACACAAACUGUCAAGGCCUUGCCAAAUGAUAUAGUAGAGUUUAGAGUUGCCUUGCGCCAACAUAAUCUUGAUGUUCUCGAGAGCACUCUACUAGAUGUCUCUGAUCCAAAGUCUGACAACUAUGGUAAACACUGGACAAUUGAUCAGAUAAUGGGCUUGAUAUCACCAUCAAGUGAGGUCUCUAACAAUGUUGUCCAAUUCCUGAUGGCCAAUGGAGUGGAGAAUGUUGAGAAUCAUCGUGACUUUAUCAAAGCAUCGGCAUCAGUUGAGACCAUUGAAUAUUUGUUCAAUGUUGACAUGUUCAUCUUUGAACACAAGACCAAGAGGAAUCACUUCAUCACCAGCUCCUCCUAA